GAUGUGAAUAGUGAUAACCGUGGGAAUAUAUUAAUAAAUAACAACGUUUAUAGUACAAUGCGUGAGAAAUGCACAUGUGUGAUUUAAUUCUUAAAAUACGACAUCCUGGUUCCUUCUUCUAAAACUUUGGCCAAAUUCCAAUGAUAAGCAAAUGACGAAAACUGAAGCACGAAUGAAAAAUAUUUUAUUAAAACUAACUAGUUGAAAGAAAUGUUUGGAAAUGGCGGAGUUCCUGCCGCUGUGCGACGUGUUGUUCAACGUGAUCUCGCUAGCCGGGUAUUUCUGCGACGUGGUGUUCGACGUCGUAAUGGGAUACGCGUUACUCGAACGAGGAUAUAAAGGCACUUUCGCAGCUGCUAUAUCUAUUGUUAUCACCUCGCUAGUCAUAUCACAGGUGCUCUCCCUCCGCUGGUACCUUCACGUAUGGUGGGCAGGGGAGGGUCGCAAGGGUAGACCGCCAUGGCUACCAAUACUGCUACACUGCCUCCAGCUAGGCGUGCUCUGGAGAUAUGCCCGGCUCCUAGUACCUGUAGAGCUGAGGAGAGUCAAGCACCAAGUGCGGGAUCUAUGUAUGCUACGCCUCGUGCACGCGUUCUGCGAGGCCGCGCCAAUGUUGCUGCUGCAGCUGCACAUACUGUUCAAGGACUCCAGCAGGGAACCCACCAGCGACCUCACCGUCACUCCGGAACCGAGCAUCGAUGAGCCAUCAGAAAACAAAGCGUUCGCGGAGCUGAACGUGAUAUCAGCGUCUCUGUCCCUGUUCUCCGUGUGCUGGGCGCUGGCCAGCUUCAGCAAGAAUGUCAGGCUGCAGAACGUGCACCGACUCGUGCUCACCUGGCUGGGGGUUAUAUUCCAGUUCCUGUGGCGCCUGGGUACAAUAUCGGCGCGUAUUUGCGCGCUCACCGUCUACGCUCUAGUCUACGAGUAUUGGGUCUUCUUAGUUAUAGGUCUCCACUGGCUGUCAAUGUUCCUGUGGCUGAUAUCUCCCAAGAACGUGUUCCACGGAGAGCGCAUCAGUCGGCCGCGCAAGGCGUACCUGUCGGCGCUCAUCGCGUUCGUAUACGUCUUCGCGUACGUCAACCUGCAGGAGCUUAACCAUAGGCAGAAGAUGGUGACGUUCUACUGCGUGAUGUGCGUGGAGAACUGGUUGCUGGUGACGGCGUGGUGGUGGUCGGGUCGCGCGGCCCGCCCCGCGCCGCUGGCCGCCGCCGCCGCCGCUGCCUUCGCCGCCGGCAUCGCCUUCAUGCUGCUUUAUUAUAGAUAUUUCCACGUGAGACGCCUGGGCUAUAUGCUGGGAGAACACCAACAAGGAACGAACAGUACCAACACUUCCUCGCAAAACAAAGAUGGCAAGACGUCUAAUCAAGCAGACAACCCGACGAUACCCGGCGUGUUCAACUGUCGGUUUUCAAACCCAGUUAGCAACAGUGCAGCGAAUGGUCGUAAGAAGAAGAAGCCGACUUCGUUCGUGCCUCCACCGGCCGCGCCCGCCGCCGCCUUCUGGAGGAGACCAUUGCCUGCCGCUCAUAAUCAUCAUGGUGGAUCAUCAGAAAACGAAGGCUCAAGCGUCGGUUCAAGAGUGAACAUCCAACAAAAAUUACAAGAAAAGAAGCAGAAACAGCUCGCAGAACUGCGCGUCAUAGAGGAGGAGAUCAAACAAGGCAAGCUGGCCAAAACCACGCCCGUCGCCGCCGAGGAGAUAUACAGCAGUCUACAGCGGCAGCCCAUACCCCGCGCCAAGACGCACGCAGAGCCCCCCGCCUGGCCCAGCAUAGAAAUGGCACACUCGUACCAAAACUACCCCAUCUGCAACAUCUACCCCACCUACACAGAAAUCAAACCAGACUUCAACAUCAAUAUGAACUUCCAAAACAAUGAAAACCCACCGUCAGACAUCAACGACCCUCUCAAAAUGCGAAGAUUACCGAAUAGAUACGACAAUACACGAACCUUUUACGAAAACCCAGCAAAUAUGAGAAACGACGUAACACGGACUCCACUACGCUCACCUAACUAUCUAGCUCUCAAUGAAAAUAGGAACUACGAUGCGAAUGCCUGUACAAGUGCUCGGAACGCACUCAGUAACAGUCCUAGGACCUACAUGCCAGAUGUUAGCAACAACUACGAAACAGCUGGGCUAGACAAACCUAGGAUAGCGCAGAAUUCUAUUUACUCAGAAGACCAUAGGCAAAUAGGAGAAUAUUCAGGAUACUGCGAAGGGAACCAGUACCCGAAGUACGAAAGUAAAGACGAGUAUGUGUCGGCGUUGCAUAACGCGUUGAACGUGCAGAAUAUAGACAACAUUAGGAAUAACUACAACGAGGUGGGUUGCGGGUACAACCAGAACUGCGAGCGGUUCCAGUACCCAGGGUUAGCGGGGAAGAAAAUGGAGCAGAUGCGGAAGAUGCAGCGAUGUCGGACGCCCGAGAUAUUGCUCGCGCCGCACUACUUGGACGGCUGCAACCGACAGGUCUGCUGCCACUGGGGACCGCCCUACACAAACAGGAAGAAAGAGGAAGGAGCAGGCAGUAGCGGUGAGGAGUCCAGUCCGGAUGGACCGGCGCGUGAGACUCCUCGACCUCCCAGCGAUAUCGAUAGCCAGAUCUCGUUGCCUCGAUCCUACACGCUACCAAGAGAGUUCCGCUACUGGCGCAGAAGACCGCGACUCAGAGACGCACACGUUCCCAGCAAUAAUAGCAGUGAUGGCGACGUGGACAGUGCAGACGACAACGACAGCGAGCACCGGUCGAACUGCUCGGCGGCGUCCCAGCUGCAGAGUCCGACGUACGAGGCGUACUACCGGCAGUCGGACAUGUUGCCGCGAGACGACGUCUACGCCUGCGCCGACAGACGCCCGCGCAGGAUACACGCCUUCCGGAAACAACCCGCCAAGCCAGAGACCAAGCUAUAGUAUAUCUUCUAUUCUUGUCAUUAAGUCGAAAAUUCUAUUGAAGAUAUUUUAGAGAGAUGUGUGAUGAAGUACAGAUAUCUGCAGAAGUGGUCAGGACCAUCUGCAUUUACUCUUUGUAAGAGAAAAACUCGACCAAUAUUCGGUACCUCAUGCACGCAGUUUAAAUCAUAAGAUGUGAAGCGUGCAUUAGAGGGAUCAUCACACCAAUUUUGAAAUUAACAUUGUAUAAGUGAUUGUAUUGAUUAUAUUAUUCUUGGACCUGACAAAGCCAGCCCUGUUGUAUUGGGCUGGAAAUAAAUAGGUAUUUUACUAACAACAAAGUUAUUUUUGUAUAUUCAAUUAGUCAAAUAUUGUACAUACUAACUUUUAUAUCCGUCCGUUAUGGAUCUCGAUUUUAGUUGAAUAGGUUAAUUAUUCAUUAACUCUGACUUAAUUGUAAACACUUAGGGUAAGUUAAUAAAAUGUAUUAUACUCUUGUAUUAUUGUAUAAUAGUGUAUAAUAAAUUAAUAGACUGUGAAAGGGGAGAGUGGAAAUAAAACGAUAUGUUUCAAACUUU